AUGUUAAGCUUUCAAGUAGAACCACAUCUGUUCCUAGUGCUUGCAGUGCUUGUGGCAAGUUCCGAAGAAAAGUUGACGUAUUCAGUUCGCGAAAAUGGUCAUUCGCUCGAAGCAGUUUGUGUUGGUGUAAUUGCAGGUAUUUUCCCGCAUCCAGAUCCAACAUUUUGCAAUGCAUUUGUUUCGUGCACCUUUGAACAGCCGACUGCCCAUCAAUGUUCCGAUGGGUUUAUCUUUGAUCCAAUCAUAUAUCGCUGUGUACAGGGUGAUCAAGAACAGUGCACGGAUCGUACUCCCGAACCCGACUGGAGAGAAUUUUGUGUGAAUGUGACGUACGCGUUUUAUGAACAUCCAAAUUCAUGCAAGGAGUUUGUGUUCUGUUCGCUGGGUACGGCAAACCGAUACUCCUGUCCAUUGGGAGAGAUCUGGUCGCAGAGAGAUGGUGCUUGCCUACCGGGAAGUUGGGACACUUGUGAGUUGCUGAUCGAUGAAACGUCCUGUGAAGGUCAACCGGAUGGUGUACUGCCUUAUCCAACGGACUGUUCCAGAUAUAUAGUGUGUGUAAAAGGAGACAAAACAAUCAUCGUUUGUCCACGAGGUGCAGUGUUCGAACAAAAGGAAGGAAAGUGUGUCAUCGGAAAUACAGAGUCGUGUGUGCGUAUUGAUAACAAAUGCCAGGGAAAACUCGAUGGAACAAUUGUUGUACAUCCAAAUGAGUGUGAUUUGUACGUUAUAUGUCAAGGAGGAUACGGCACUGUUCAUCAGUGUCCUAUGGGUGAAAUACUAAACAUACAAGCACAGUUCUGUGCACCGGGAAAUGUAGAUACCUGUCAGUUUUAUUCACAGGAAAUAAUGUGUCGAAAUGCAACGAACGGUGCGAUAUACCCGCUACCGGGAGACUGUACGCAGUUUAUCAUUUGUAACUCCGGUGAAUCUAUUGCAAUGAAUUGUCCUGUAGGGCAGAUUCUACACGCUCCUAGUGGAACCUGUCGUCCUGGCAAUACCAACACGUGUGAACUUCUUGGAAGCGUGUGCUAUAACCAGCCUGAUGGAUUGAUCAUCGCGCAUCCGACUCUUUGUGAGAUCUUCAUCUUAUGUCAAGGUGGUUCAGUGAUGAUACGUUCAUGUCCCGAUCGGGAAAUUCUUCGCCCGGACGCCCAGUCCUGUGUACCUGGAGAUGUAAACACUUGCCUAUAUGAUUCCAUUGAUCGUAUGUGCGAAAACAAGGCUGAUUUUACACGCUACCCACAUCCAACUAAUUGUUCUCUAUUCGUCGAGUGUCAGGGACAGAACGCCCUGGUACAGAGCUGCCCUAAUGGAAGUGUUUAUCAUGCUGGAACACAAUCCUGUAUUCCUGGAAACGAUGAGACUUGUGAGCGGUUUGAUAAUAUCUGCUUGGGGCACGUUGAUAAGGUUAUACCCCAUCCAUUGAUUUGCACGGCUUACAUCCACUGCUUCUCAACCGUGCCUGUGUUCAUGAAUUGUGCUGCAGGAACCGUUUUCAAUCGGGCACAAGGAAGAUGUGUCGUCGGAAAUACCAAGACCUGCGCUCCUAUUGAUGGCUUAUGUGAAGGACAAACUGAUGGAAGAAUUGUAGCACAUCCAAACGAAUGUGAUCUUUACCUCAUUUGUGAGGAUCAUCAACCAGCUCCCCAACGAUGUCCAGCUGGUGAAAUCUUCAAUGUAGAAGCACAAUUGUGUACUCCAGGUAGCAGGGACACCUGUCAAUUCCACCCAGUUGAAACCAUGUGUAAAAAUAUGAUAGAUAAUGCCAUCUACCCCUAUCCAAAUGAUUGCAUCCGGUUCGUACAGUGUGACAAUGGGAAGGCCAUUGUAAUGGAUUGUCCUAUUGGAGAGAUUUUCCACGCUUCUUCUAAAUCCUGCCGACCUGGUAAUACAAAAACAUGUGAGUUUAUUGACAGAGUUUGCCAAGGACAUCCUGAUGGUCAGGUGAUCGAGCAUCCAAGUCUUUGUGGACAUUUCAUCUGGUGUCAGGGAGAAAGUGUGCAAGUUCAUGCGUGCCCACCAGGAGAGAUCCUGCGCCCCGACGCUCAGUUCUGUGUGCCAGGAAAUCCAUCUACCUGUACCUUUGAACCUGUUGAGCGAAUGUGUAUGGGUAUAUCAGACGGAAAUGUUUAUCCACAUCCAACCGAUUGCCGACUAUUUGUACGGUGCGAAAAUUCGCAAGCAAUUGUAGAGACUUGCCGUCCAGGAACCAUCUUCCGUGCGACGAGCCAAACUUGUGUAGCUGGCAAUGGAAAUACCUGCUCGUUCCUCGAUGGCACUUGCGCUGGACGACCAGAUGGCGUUCUUCCACAUCCACAAGGCUGUGAGCUAUUCCUCUUGUGCACCUCGGGCACCACAUCGGCUCUUCGCUGUCCAGAGGGCGAGAUCUUGCAUCCAGAGUUCCUCGUUUGUGCUACGGGUAACGCAGACGACUGUACCUUGGCACCUGUAACCACCGAGCCACCCAUUAUCUCGGUGUGUGAAGGACGUCCUGAUGGAAAUUACACCCAUCCGCUGCUGUGUUAUCUGUUCAUUCGAUGCACCAACGGUGACACGGAGAUUUUGUCCUGUCCACCGAACCAGAUCUUUGUGGGCGCUAUUCGGGACUGUGCGUCGGGUAAUCAGGAGACAUGUAUACCGGUGUAA